UAAAAAUAUGGCUUCCACAGAAAACCAGUCCAUUAACAAAGAAGACGACAAUGCAUGUCUCUAUGCCAUGCACGUGUCCACCUCUCAAAUCUUUCCCAUGGUGUUGACCGCUGCCAUUGAGCUCAACCUGUUCGACACAAUUGCUAGUCUUCGGGCAAACAGCGAUGCUUACGUGUCGACCUCUGAGAUUGCUUCUCAGCUGCCCACAAAAAACCCCGACACCCCUUCUCUGCUUGACCGCAUGCUCCGUUUACUUGCCACGUACUCACUUCUUACUUGCUCUAUGCGCACAUGCGAAGAUGGAAGGGUUGAGAGACUUUAUGGACUCUCACCGGCUGGCAAAUUCUUUGCUCAAAAUGAAGAUGGCGGCCUCCUAAGUUCCAUGGCAUUACUUCAUUCUCAACCAAAUACAGCAGAGCUUUGGCGACAUCUUAAGGAUGGUAUUCUUGAAGAAGGUAAUCUAGAUCUACAUGAAAAGGUCUAUGGGAUCUCCGGCUUCCAAUACCUGGAAAAUGAUCCAAAAUUGAACAAAAUUUUUAACAAGGCUAUGGUUGAUCUCUCCGAAAUAACCAUGAAAAAAAUUCUUGAGACAUACAAAGGAUUUGAGGGAGUAUCAAUGCUGGUUGAUGUUGCUGGAGGCACUGGAGCAACCCUGAACAUGAUCAUUUCCAAGUACCCUUCAACUAAAGGCGUCAACUUUGAUUUGCCUAAUGUGAUACAACAUGCGCCAUCUUAUCCAGGUAUCGAGCAUGUUGGAGGAGAUAUGUAUGUUAGUGUUCCAAAAGGUGACGCCAUUAUGAUGAAGAAUAUAUGCCAUAACUGGAGUGAUGGAGAUUGCAUACAACUUUUGAAGAAUUGCCAUAAAGCACUGCAACAAAGUGGAAAGCUGAUUAUCAUUGACUAUGUAAUGCCAGAGGCACCUGAGUCAAAUGAUGCUGCUAGGUUUGUUUCCACCAUUGAUAAUACCAUGCUUGUUUUCUUUGGAGGGAAGGAAAGAACUGAGAAGGAGUUCGAGGCCAUGAGCAAGAGUUCGGGAUUUUCGGGUUUUCAGGUUAUCUGUCGUGCCUACAAUGUUUUGGGAGUCAUGGAACUUUACAAAUAAGUCAGUCUCCAAAUACUAUCCAGUUUGCAGUAUUUUCUUUUAAUUUCGUUGCCAAUAAAUUUCUUGUAUGAAAUAGGACUUCAUCUGUAAGCCUGUAACUUAUGUUUGUGUGCUCUUACUUGCUAUAUUUCAGUCCUUAAUGGACGUAUUGUGUCAAUGAAGUCAUGCAUCUUAUAGUAAUGCAUGGUGAUUUAGUGCUUGAAUCUUAUUAACGAUAUAAAUCCUUUAGAAUAAAUGUUGGUUUUGUAUUCCCUAAAUCAAGGGAUUUAGAUAA